AUGAAUCAAUUCACCGGAGUUCUCUUCCUCUGCAUCGUUCUCCUCUCCUCCUUCCUCGGAAAUGCUGAUACCGGUAUGAUCUCCGAUCUAUGCACACACUCCGACGAUCCAAAACUCUGUCUCUCCAGCAUUAUUUCACGUCCAGAGUCAGGCGAGUUCGCAGGCACCAGCAACCAGAUCGAGAUCAUAGCUAUCUCCGCCGCGUCGGCCAACGCUUCAGCCACUUCCGCCUACAUCAAGAAUAAGCUCGGCAACGAGGAUCUUGAGCCGGCGACUGAGGACACGCUCGAGGAUUGUCAGAAGAAUUACCUAGACGCCGUUGAACAGCUCGACGAUUCGAUCUCCGCGAUGCUCGCCAACGCGCACGCCGAUGUCGACGUCUGGCUGAAGGCGGCGAUCAGCGCCAUCGAGUCAUGUGGAAACGCGUUGGAGUCACGUGCCGGGAACGAUGCGGAGCUUUUCCAGAGGAACGAUAUGUUUCUUAAGCUUUGCAGAAACGCUUUGAUGAUUAACAAAAUGUUAACUUGA